CGUUUUGACAUAAAACUUAAGUUGUCAAUAGUAUAAUUCUAAUUUCUUUUCUUUUUUUCUCUUUAUUUUUUCUUUUUGAACUAUUUAUAAAUCCUUUUAUAUUUUACACUAUAUAUAUACUUUGUUUUUUCUCAAAAAAUACAAGUUUGCUCUCCCUAUUUAUUUAUUUAAAAAAACGUUGAUAGCUAUUUUACAAAGAUGAUGUUAUAUAAGUUAGUCGUUCUUGGCGAUGGUGGUGUUGGCAAAACAGCACUAACAAUUCAACUUUGUUUAAAUCAUUUUGUUGAGACCUACGAUCCUACUAUUGAAGAUUCAUAUCGUAAACAAGUUGUCAUCGAUGAUCAGCCAUGUAUAUUAGAAGUAUUGGAUACAGCCGGACAAGAAGAAUAUACAGCAUUACGAGACCAAUGGAUAAGAGAUGGUGAGGGUUUUCUAUUAGUGUAUUCAAUCACUUCUCGUUCGACCUUUGAUCGCAUUGAAAGAUUUCGUGACCAAAUAUUCCGGGUGAAAGACGUGGAUAAUGUUCCUCUCAUGUUGGUAGGCAACAAAUGCGACAAAGUGACAGAGAGGGAAGUAACAAGAGAAGAAGGUUAUGCUACAGCUAAAAGAUUAGCUUGUGAUUUUAUUGAAACUUCAGCAAAGACAUGUGUAAAUGUGGAACGAUCAUUCUAUCAAGUCGUGAAAGCUAUUCGCGCUCAACGAGAAGGAUUACGUGCAGGAGAUACUAAGAAAAAGCCCAAAAAAGAAAAGAAGAACAAGUGUCUAAUUCUUUAAAUCAACCUAUAUUACAGUAUCAUCUCUAUUUGAAAGAAAGAAUCUUCAGUUUUAUAGAUAAUAACCGUGAUAUUUAUACGCAAUAAACUCUCUCUUUUUUUUUU